AUGGACGACGCAACCGCACUAUCAUGUGUCCUCAAUUUUCUCAAGAAUAAGAACGCUUCGUUAAUGGAAACACAAGUCAUACCUCAAGGGUAUACGAAACCUAAUGCUCCAGGGCACCAGGGAAUCAUAUACUGGCAGACUGUGUCGCAAGCCCUGGAGAUUGCCCGUGAGAGCCCUAACGGUGCAUCAGACCCGACCAUCGUCUCCGUUCUGGAGGCCGCAAUAGGGCAGGUCUGCGCGAAGAUUUCCGCAGACCCGGACUCAUGUAUUCUGAAUCGAGACGAGUUCGCUGUUUUCAACUACUUUCAGUAUCGUUUCCUCGGGAACAAGAUCGCGAUGGCUGCGCGAACGCGCUACUGGAAAAGUUUGAGAGAUGCACCAUCACCUGGAACGUGCUCGGAAUCUUCCAUGGCCGAACUAUUUUCCAGCACGGAUUUAAACAUCGCGACAACGAUUUCUUCCAGCAAAGGGGUCCAAGCCAUUCUCGGCAGGCUGUUAGGCUUCUUCAACAAGUACAUCGACUACAGGCUUGGCAUCAUAGAGGCUCAGCAGCGUGGACGCACGUCAUCUGGACGUUCCCGUCCUUCGCAGGGACCGAAAGAACCCCCGGAAUCUUAA